AUGGCUACCGACGACAACAACUCCACGGAGACAGCACCAGUCCGCCGAUCCAAGAGAUCAAGUGCCGCCAUCUCUCCCAUCAAACCAACACAAGCAACAACUCCAUCCAGGAAGAGACCUCAGAAGAGAGCUCGUUUCUCUGAACCACUGCUGCCCCAAGGAUCAACUGGUCUCACACCUGCCGUGGGCAAAGCUUCCCUGAAGACCCCCAAGCUCAGAAGAGCGUCCACUCCAGCCAUUACCCGAUAUCGGGACCACGACGAAAUCCAAUUCACCCCAUUCCGCGAAGUGCUGGACGCCAGGACCACCCGACGGAUUCGACGACAUGGCUUGAGCGACGAGAUGAACCGGUUCGAUGCAGAGAAGAAGUCCAAGCUCGAGCUGCAACGCCAACUGGAGCAGAAGAACAAGGAACUGCAGACCCUCAAGGAUGAAUUGGAUGCUUCUAAGCUUCGUGAAGCUUCUCUUCAGCAAUGCGAUCCUGUCGGGAGUCAGCAGCGAAUCGACGAAUUGGAAGCUGAAGUGGCAGAGUUGACCGAGAGAACCACCAACGACGACGGCGACGAUGAUUCCGGGCUUGGCAGCAGUUCACCACACUUCUGUGAUGGCGGCGACGGCUUUCAAAUCUAUGAGGAUGACUCUGCUGGCUUCGAGAACCAACCGACCGACCCCGAUGAUGAUGCCACGGUGGACCUGGAGCUCGAGUCAGCACGACAAGAAAAGCACGCUCUCUUCCGAUCCAGCCAAAGCUCUUCGACAAAUAUCAUCCAGUUUGCCGACUCACCUGCUCGUUCUUUUGGUGCAUCACAGAAAAACCCUCAUGCUCCUGAAGCUCCUGCUCACGACCUUUCGAAAGAACUGCAUGCCGCCAUCAAUCGAGCCGAGGAAGCCGAAGUGGCACUCCAAGCCAUGACCACCGAAAUCAAGUCCCUCGGCUUUGCCUGCAACAACGACGACGACGCCAGUGAAUGUAUUGCUUCCAUCAAAACACACUUCCGCAACAUGCGAUUCGAGCUCGAACGAACCGUGCCGGGAGAAACAGUCAUGUCGUUGGAUUAUGCCCGACUGAUGCCCGAGAUGCUCGCGAAGCUCAAGGCGGUCGCUACUCGGGUCCGUGACCGUGAAGCUGAGUUGAAGUCCAUGCGGGAACAGCAGCGCACACUGCGGGGCAACUUCGACCACGCUCUGAUCGCCACAGAGAAAGCGAACAACCGAAUCAAAGAGCUCGAGGACGCUAUCGACAAGAAUGCCGAGGAAAUGCUUGAGCAGCGCAUGCGAGCCCAGGCCCUCGAGCGCGAGGCCCGUGAGCACGAAGCCAACCAACAAUGCCUCAUCGCCGCCAUAGAGAAGUACCGCCAAGAAGUCAAACGCCUAGAAGACCUGGUGGAGUUGGUCGAAGCAGAACAGGCAGCCCGCCUGCAGGAUGUGAGAGCCGCUACAAGCGCCGAGUUCACGCAGCAACUCUCGGACCUGGACGCCAAAGUGGCUGCCGAGACGCGCGGGCGGAGAGCGGCCGAGGAGUCCGCGGUCGAGCGGCUGAAGAAGAUCAAUGCACUCGAGUCCAACCUGUCAGCCGCACGCCAGUACUCGGAAGAUAUCAAGGAGGAGCUGGAGAACCUCAAGAGCCAGCGCCGCGCGUCGGAACGCGAGCACCACGCCGAAGUCGAAGCCUUGAACGGCCGGCUGCAGAAACUGAAGAAACUCAACGCCAAGCUCGAAGCGAACUGGAAGGACGAGAGCGCCUUCUGCGAGGAGAUCAUGCGCACCAACCAACACGGUCAGCUCCGCGCCAGCGUGCAAUUCGAGAGGGACCUCAAGAAGUACAUCCGCGGCGCCAAGGUGCGGCAGGCGAACUGGGAGCUCGAGAGCGACGACAUGCGCAGCGACGAGAUUGUCGGCGGAGGUGCAGAAGGACCCUUGACGCCGGCCAGCGUGGUCCGGUUCUCCGAGUUUUCGGAGAUCGAGGACAACAACACGGAUCGCGAGGACGAUGACCAUGUCCAGGGCCGGGUGGAACUAUCUCGAGGCAAGGCUCACCACCACCGUCGCCGCCGCUCCGAUUCGCUGACUCUGCCGCCGUCGACCGUGGCGCUCCCCGGCGCGGGCAUCCUGAAGAAGCGCGGCCGGAGACGGUACGACAGCGGAAUCGGGAUGGAUUCUCUGAGCGAGGCUGGUGACGAAGCGGCAGAUGAGAUCCAGCCGGGUGUCAUAACGCCGGAGUUGAGUUCCGAGGGCGACGAGAUUGAUCUCGACAGUGAUCUGGCUAUGGCUAUGGGGGUGUAA